AUGGGCGGCUCUUCAUCGAAGAACAAAAAGACAAAAACUGCUCCUCCACAGAAGGCAAAGAGAGCAGCAGUAGUAGCAGCACCUGUACCUCCUCCUUCCACGUCUCUUUCUGCACCACGUUCGGCGGCUAAGAAACAUGCUCAGCCCACAGAGGCGUCUGAGCAAUUUGGGCAACGUAUUCGACGCUUCUAUCUGUUCCACAGUCCUGAGAAGGUGAAUAACGUGCCCCUUAUUCUACGCAUGUGGAAGGGAACUCAGGCGGAGCUCAUGCAGCACCUAGUCGCGCGCUAUGGGCCUGAGCCGGACGAACAGCAAUUGCCGUCACUACCUCCGCCACCUCCGCUAGCUGAGCCGGCUUCUGUCUUCGUGAAUAUGUGGGUGCCACGGUAUGCGCGGUACCUGCUGGCGUACAACGAGCAAGCCCUGCAGAGCCUUGAUAUGACGCUACAACAAGCACAAGGUAGGGAGGCGGAGCAACUCAAGUCACUUGUCCUAGAAGUGGGGCCAGAGCCGCAGGGCCCGCUGCCUGAUGGUGUCCCUGAUGCUGCACUCGCGCCUCACACGGAGACAGCCCACGUGGAUGAUGCCGACGCACAUACAACAGAACCUGCCCAGGAAGCGGCGCUCACUCUAGUUGAAGAGGAGCAAGGAGAAGGCUUGAAACAGAGGCCAAGAGUGUAUUCGCUCAAGCGGCGCCUGAGCAGUUUUCUCGGCGUUCGGGCACCAAAGAAACUUCACGCACUCGAGAAGUGUCUGGAGCGUUACGCCACAAACGAGGAGGAGCUUUUCGAUUUCCUGUGCGAUACGUAUGGCCCCGAACCCAAUGAGGAGGAGACGCAGGCGUACUUUGUGAGGCGUCUUGAGGCACUCUACUCGUGCUACGCACCCGGUAAAGUCACGUCUGCGGGGCCCGAGAUCGCCGCGCACCACGGUGAGGAGGAAGAGUAUCUGCAGGCGCUCGCGGCGUCGCUGGGCGCUGAUCCCAUGAUGGCGAUCCCGGCGCGCGUCACACACUCGCACCUGUUCGAGUAUGUCGACACAGAUGCGCAGGAGGAGGCGACGGGCAGCCAGUGCAGCGCACCACACCCCUCGCACGCUCUCAUGGAGCCGCCGCCAAAUGAGUUGCCGCGUGAGCAUGACGAACAAGGCAGUGACGCAGAGUGCGUCAAUGCGUUCGAUGACGAUCCUGCUCGUAAGCCGGAUGCGGGCUUCGAAGAUGUGGCGCCACCAAGCGGUGGUGUCGUACAGCCGUCGGAAGCCACGCUGGGGAAGAAUGUUCAAACAGAUUGGAACGCAGAGAAGUACCGGCUGAUUGCCGAGGACCAGCAGCGGCAACUGGACGAGCUCCGUGCAGAGGUUGGACGUCUUCGCAGUGCGCAGUAUGAGAUGCCUGCUCGUUUCCCCCAUGAGGGUCUAAGGCCCUUCGCUGUGAGGGAACGUAGCGACCACAGUUUGCUUCAUUCACCCGAUGCAGUGCAGCAAAGACCGUAUCAAGUGCCGCAUGUUGGUGAAUCUCAUGCGAGCUCUGGGAAGAGCGUGCUGUUCGCUGGAUACGCCCCGAAGCAGGAUUUUCAUGGGUUACUUCUGCCGCCGCCACCCUUUUUCAAGCCGCCGCGUGACAGUUUCCCAAAGAAGCGGCAGCCUUAUGGAAUGAGUCCGCCGUCGCUGUUUGUAUCCCGUAAGUCGACCUCCUCAACCACGCGGCGUGUGCGGACGCUCACGGAAAUGCGCGUGGAGUACGAGCGAGAGCGGGAGGCCAUCCGCUCCGGAGAGGGCCAGUUGGAUCCUUACAAUGUUCUCCACUAG